AUGGCACCGUUGUGCCCGAUGAAGGUCGCGGCCCCUCGGAGAGCAGCAGGUGCCGCGAAGAAACAGAAACAAGCCACGCCGAAGCAGCCACCCACGGAUGAGCACGAGUCCGACGCCAGCACAGCGGUGACGUCAGUCCCACAGGCUGAUGCGCCCCAGACAAAGUACAGAAGGAUUGACGAGUUCAUGACUCCCGUAAGGCGCAUCGGCGGCAUCGGCGGGAGCACAGUGGACGUCAGUUCAGCGGCCAGCGAAGCGGCGCCAUCGAUUGCCGCUGACGUACACACUGUACUCUCGGAGGCCUUAGCAGACGUGCCGAUGCAGCCUGCGCCAGCCCUCAGCACGACCAAUGGUCAGAGCAAUAUCCUCGAGGCCAGAGACGAUCAGGCCCCUGCCGCUUCGAUGAAGGAUGUGAUCGUCCAAGGCGUCGAGGCGGGCCGUGCCGAUGAGUUCCUGGAGAGCGAGGUGGGGGCGCAGCUGACGGAGGAGAACAUGGCGAAGUUCGACAGGGUGAUGGGCCACAUGCUCAAUCAUGAAGCUCGCGCCGAGUGCUUGAUUGAGUCGGCGAAGCGAGCCCACGCCGAAUCCAAGCUGGCCUCGAAGGACGAGAAGCUGCUCACGUCGUUGCAAGAAGUCAUCCAGACGGGCGCCUUCAACACCCGCAGCAGUUAUGGCAAUCGACAAGAAGGAGAAGGAGCCGACAAGAAAGACAGGAACGGGCAGCAAGAGUACAGGAUGAAAUGGGCCCUCGACACCGUAGGGGCGCUCGUGAAGAAGAAGACCCACACGACUACGCUGAAGGAGUCCACAAAGGCAGAGUACAAGUACAUGACGUUCGGCAAGAUGGUAGAGGAGUUCGGCGGUUGGAAAUGCCAGGCUGCCCGCAAAGGAGCUUCUACCGCGGCCCUCAAGUGCUUGGCCAUGGGCCACCCGUUCGUGAAGAAGCACAGCCAGUCGGACAUGACUAUCUUCGCGAUCGUCGAGGAGAGCUGGAAGGAGACGUUCGAGCAGAGCUGGUCGGAGCUGGUGCAGAGCGUGUCUUCCCACGCAGCCGUCGGUGACCUUCCAACUGGCACUCCCGAGGAGCCGAAGGGCCCGCAGACGGACCAGAAGCACCCGAGGCUCCCGAAGGACCCGAAGGGCCCGAAGGAUGCGAUCAAGAACCCGCCGAAGGAGCCGCCCAUCGACGAUGCCGAUACGAAACAGAAGAAGAAGGAGAUCGAGAAGCUCUUCAAGGAGGCUGGCAAGGUGAAGCACGACUUCGUUUCCGUCACGCACACUGCGAUCGACAUCCUCUCGCAGAUCAACGACGAGACUGCUGACUGGAAGUUCGCGCGCGGCGACAAGCAGGACAUGCUGAAGGAGAAGAUCGACGACCUGAAGGCAUCCCUGAGCCCCGUCGGGAGAGAGUUCGUCCUGGAGAAAGACCAGAAGAAGUUCAAGGCGAACCACACGACUGCGAGGCUCGUCGUCGAGAUGCAGUCCUUCAAGGACUUGCAGAGCAAAGUUGCCGAGUUGCAGAGCAUCGUGGAGAGGCUCGGCGAGGCAAAGAAAGCGCUGAAAUUCUGA